UAUACUUUCGUCUCCUUCUACAGAGGUAUGAAGGUCAUUGAAAACAGAGCUAUGAAGGAUGAGGAGAAAAUGGAGAUUCAAGAGAUGCAGCUGAAGGAAGCCAAGCACAUUGCUGAAGAAGCUGACCGCAAAUAUGAGGAGGUUGCCCGUAAGCUUGUCAUUCUGGAGGGAGAACUGGAAAGAGCUGAAGAACGAGCUGAGGUGUCUGAACUGAAAUGCAGUGACCUGGAGGAAGAACUCAAGAAUGUCACCAACAACCUGAAAUCCCUUGAAGCUCAAUCAGAGAAGUAUUCUGAAAAAGAGGACAAGUAUGAAGAGGAGAUCAAACUUCUGACUGACAAGCUGAAGGAGGCUGAAACACGAGCUGAGUUUGCAGAGAGAACAGUUGCUAAACUGGAAAAGAGCAUUGAUGAUUUGGAAGAAAAAGUUGCCCUAGCGAAAGAAGAGAAUUUGACUCUGCACCGAACGUUGGAUCAAACCCUCUGUGAACUGGGCAGCAUAUAAGUCUGUGGGGAAGGCACCCAGACUUUGAAGGUCAAGAAAAACCUGACAGUCAUGUUUGGAUUGGCAGCUUCUUUUUCUGAACCCACUUUUCUUUUCUUUUUCUUUCACAUUCUGCAAAAGAGCAAAUAUGGGACCAAUUCUUUUCUCCCCCACUUUGAAAUAUUAAGGCUUUAGGCACAAACCGAACGUAGGCUUCUGUUCUUACCCUGUUCUAUAUGACAAGCACAUUGUGAAACUGGAAAAGUUGUUUUUUUAAUCCUUUUUGUUUUUUUGUACGUGGAUCCUUCCAAGGUGCUAGGCCCAUCCAGUACUGGAAACACACAGUCCAUAGGUGUUCUGCAGAAAAUUGCUUUUUGUCAGUUAGGGUGCUUUUCAUGGCGGUUUGCAGCACAAAAUACAUUUGCCUUGUGUGUGGAUCUGGAUGGAUCUUCUGUGGUAGCCUCAUGUCCUUGGUUUCUUUUACGCAGUGCCAGAGAAUCUUUUCUGCCUUAGAUUCCUGGGUGUUACUGUGAACAAGGGAAAUUUCCUUGCAAAAAUGUAACGAAAAAUAAUAAAGUAGCCUGCACAUUCCUUAGAGGCAGUUCAAGGCUGGAAACAUAUUUCUAUCAGUACAACUGGAAAUAGAGUGAGUUCUCUCCCCACCCUAAUCCUUGCAAAUGCCCUCCAAAUCUCCUCCAGAGCAGAUAGGGAAGAGGGGCACAGUAAGGGGCAGGGCAUGGCUGGAUUGUUUUCUUGGACAAAUGGGCUUUAAUUUUCAUAGCACUGGAUUCCACGGUGGGUGCCUUAAUUAGAAAGGCUACAACUGUUUUUUCUAGUUUCGACCAAUGCUCUAAAUAAUGUCCUUUUUGGUUCAUCUCCUUGAAGAUUUCAGAUGCAGGGGGAAAAAAAACCCCACAUUUUCCUGUUGGUCUACUUCCUUGUGCUCUGAUCGGAAAAGAGUUGCUUGUGUUUUUUUUUUUUUUUUACUUCUGUAUUUAUUCAAUUUUACAAGGUGGGGAAAAAUUGCCCAAACCAAUCUGUAUUAAAACUUUCUGGCUCCUGUAAGAGAAUCCUGUAACAUGAUUUUUGAUCUAAUAAUAAUUUUUUUAAAGUACAUAUUCCUUGAUUGUGGCAUUCUUAAAUAAAUACAAAAAUGACAGCU